AGUCAGUGCCCUGGGCCAAGCAAGGAAGAUGGCGGCGAUGACGGACCAGGCGCGGUGUUAAGGCCCAUCACCCGCUGAGGCAGUGUGGCUGUUGGGAUGGUAACCAGGACCCUGGCAUUCCCAACGUGGAUGGAUCAUAGGGAAUCUCCUUAAAGUCAUAAAGAGAAUCGGGGGUGAAUGCUGUAACAAAAGGGGGAAUAGACCCUCAUAUUAACAAUGGCCCUAGUUACUGUGAAGGAACUGCUGAGCUUUGAUUGUGGCUCCCUGGUCGCUUAUCAAUUAGAUAAAAACUCUCAGCUGGACUCUAUCAGCUUCCAGACCGUCCUCAUGAGAAACAUAUUUGUGCAUUUUCCUGAUGUCAUAUUCAUCCACAGAACCCACAAUCCGCGGGGCAAAGCUCUGUAUAUGUUCAUGGUGGACAGACCUUUCCUGAAGCUGCAGGGUGAGAUGACAAAGGUAAUUCAUUUUGCUGUCCCCGCUAAAGAAUCUGCAGAAAGCCUGGCUCACAUGUAUAGGACCUUCAAGGCCUUCAACCCUGAGUGGAAGAAAAUUAAGACCUUUCUGGUAGAUUCACACUUUCGAUUGUUGCAGACGCUUUCUGAAGCAUUCCCAUCUGCAGAGGUGCAGCUAUCUGUUUUCCAUGUAUGCAAGCACCUGCAGCAGAAGAUUCAUCAGAUGUCUUUGGAAUGCAUCUCAGAGAGACUGAUCUUAAAUGCCUUGAGGAACACUAUGUGUGCAGCCACUGAAAGCAACCUGAAAAUGAUGCAUACCAUCCUGAGUGACUUUGUAAAGCCAGACUUGCUUCCCCAGCUUCAUACUCACUGGCUUCUCAAUGACAAGAUAUGGGCUAUGCAUAGAUGGAGGAAUUGGAUGGAAUGCAAUCAGUAUUUUAAAGACUUGGAGAUCAUCACACGGGGCUUAAGCCAGGUCUUCUGCACUGGACUGUCUCUGGAGAUCUGCAUCACUUCUCUGGCAAAACACUACCAGAAGUGUGUUUCAAAGAGGCCACCUGAUGCUGUGCUGUUCUCUGUUAACCCUCUUAGCAGUACCAUGUCUCCUGAGACAGUUUUUCAGAGCCUGCCAGGUCAGGACUCACCACCAACCUCUCACAACUCCCAAAUAGCUCUUCAGAAUCAACCAGCUCAGAGUUCUCCACCAGUUUCUCCCAGUCUCACAGCAGCUCAUCAGAAAUGGCCAGGUCAGAAUUCCCCUCCAAAUCCCCUGGUUCUUCUUCCGCAUCCCCUGGCAGCUCCUCAAAGUCCCCUGCUUCUUCAGAAUCAGCUGGCAGCCCCUCAGAUCUUCCCUUUUCAGAACGAGCCAGCUCAGUAUUCUUCACCUGUUUCUCUCAAUCUCACAACAGCUCAUCAGAAAUGGCCAGGUCAGAAUUCCCUUCCAAAUCCCCUGGUUCUUCAGAAUCCCUUGCCUGCCCCUCAGAGCCCGCUACUUCUUCAGAACCAGCUAGCAAACCCUCAGAGCCCCUUGGAUCCUUUAUCCCAUGAAAUUAAACUGGAGAUCAUCACUGAAGACCCAAAGGGUGACCAAGAUGUGGCGUGUAACCAAGAGACUGAAGACUGCAUCAGGCAGUCACUGAGAGACAUUUGCACAGAGCCUGCAGCUAGGCUAUGCUUGAACGAGUUUGCAGUGGCACAGAAGUCUGUGCAGCUAAUAGGCACCAAUGAAGACAUAGUCAAUAUACAGAUCCUCGAAGACACCCACAAAGUGAACCAAAGGGGCCUGAAAAGCUGCACUUGCCACUUCAAUCAAGCUUUCCAGCUGCCCUGCAGGCACAUCCUGGCUGUGUUGAACUCUGAUAAGAAGAUUUUACAGCCAGAGAUGCUGAGCGAGCAAUGGCAGAAGGAACCUAAUAACUCUCAGGCAGGGCAAAAUGGCACCGAUGGCCUUUUGGAGGUUCUGAAAAGCUCCUGGAAUGAGUCUCUGGAUAAAUCCUUAGCAGUGUCCUUUCUUACAGCGGAGAUUAGCCGGCUUCUUACCCAGUGCAGCAGGGAGGAGUUUGAUCGGAGGUACAACACCCUCCGAGAAUUGGCCGAUAGCUGGAUUGGACCUUAUGUUCAGGUGAAGCUGUAGUUCAGAAUUGGAGAGCUCCGUGCCUCUGCUCUAGGCCUCUUCGAGGUGUGAUUCUCCUGCUUUCUGGGCCUCUGGAAGAAGUGAGGUGUGAAAUACUACAAAAAUGUCUGUUAAAAUGUAAUCUAAUGGUAUGUUUUCUCUAGUGGUAUGUCUUCCACUUUAUUCUCCUUAGAAACUAUAAAUGUGAGCCUUAAAUCUGUAUCAUGGUAGUUUUCCCCUUUGGCUUCAGAUCCUAAAUAUCUAUUGGGUGAACACUUCCUCUUGCCUAUGAGACCUAAGGAAGUGGACUUAGGUAGGAAGUCUGUCUCUGGCCCAGCCAACAGGAAACCCUGCUGGGAAUGGAAUUGGGGAGAAGGGUAAUACCUGGGACUAACUUGCCUGAACCAUAGUUCAUGCAUUCAGACCCUCGUGGGAUCCUUUUGCUAUCUGUUAUUGCAGCAGGGUUCAUAUGGUUUAGUCCCAGGUGUGUAUCUGUUGUGGUGUGUGUAUCUGAGCCAGCCUGUGGUUCCCCUCCCUUCCCUGUCAUGGUGACAUGGGGCUUCCCACUAGUCUGGUAGAGCAGUAUUUGCUCAUGUGAAGUCAGACCUUUGUUUUGAAACCACAUCUUUUGUUUUUUCUCUUCUCCCUUCAUUGCCUCUAGUUAUUUAAUGGAACCUGCUUGUUAAGGAGCCACAAACCUUGGAGGGUAGCAACCCAUGCUACUGUGUACAGGGAGCUGCUGUCUGCAGCCUCUGCUAGGAGCACUGGAGUGGUUUGGCUGGUUAUGGCAGUUCUUAAAUUUGCUCUCUAUCAUCAAUAGGCAUGUCACUGACAUGGGAGGAGGGAACAAAUCAGUGUUACCAUAAAUCUGAAAUUAGAGUUACUGGAAGACAAAAAGGGAAGUGGAGAAAUCAGAUGUACGGAAGUGGGACAUGUAUUGUAAUGGGACAAAGGAGGCAUGCAGAGGAGAGAGCAGCCAGUAAAACCUGCUGCAUAACAUGGGGAUAUAUGGAUGGGUUGGUGCACGGUCCCUUUCUGGCAGCUUCAGGCAAGGAGACCCUGGGGGCAGGGAGAUGUAGAUAUAAUUUUCUGUACCAGCCAGCAGGGAGUGGUGAGGGAAUAGGACAGAAGGUGCUAUUUAGGUCAGUAAUUUGUCCCACCCUAGCUAGCCUGGUUUAUUCAUGUCAUAUCAAAUUGUUUAUGGUUUUUUUUUUUAUCAAUGGUUCAUUCACAGUUUUGUUAACCUCUGAAUCAACACUCCAUUCACAGGAACAGAACUACUGUAUGGUUAGAUAUUUCCUUUUGAGCUAGAGUUCUGUAAUAUAAACUCCUUUAUGUAAAUACAGCAUCCAAUAUUUUCCUGAAAGCCUUUUGCUUUGAAUUGUGAAUUUCUCCUUGGCUUUACUUUUCCAAGUGUGCUAUGGAAAGGGGCUGGAAGCCUGUGUCUACUGGUCUCUUCCUUGGUCUGUCUUUCUUCCAGAACUGUGCAUCCCCUGUCCUUUUUGGAGUUAUCUCCCCCUGUACACCUUGCUCUGGAUUCUCUGUCAUGAAGUUCUGUGCAGCUCUGAUCAGAUCCUCCUCUUUAAUCCCUGGCACAGGCACUGUGGGGAUGCCAGCUAUCAUCAUGGCAAGAGUGAGGAUGCAGAUGUUUGGAGGAGAGUUCUGCACUGACUGUCCACGUCUGUUCUUACUGCGUUUUAUGGGCAUAAGAAAAGCACCUCUGGGAGGAAAUCCACCGGUAGCCAGUGGGAAGUCUCCCUCUGGGCUGCCCAGCUCACCAACGUUUUGCCCAUUCCUUUGCUGAGUUGGAGGAUAUCCUUUCACAGAGGCACUUGGAUACAUGCCAGAAGGGCCACAUGUCCACUUGUCACUGACCCAUUCAGAUGGAUAAUCCCAUACAGAGAUCUCAUCCUGUUUAUGCUGGGGAAACUUUCUAGAAUACCUUCCACAGUAGUGUCCACUGUAAGGCUCCCACCUUGCGUCCUUGUACCCUCCUGAUCUGCUACUGAGAGGGAACUUUGGACUCUGCUGGGCACCACUACAAGGCUGCUUUAGUGCCUUCUCCUGAUACAGAAGGGUUGCUUCUACAUGUGAAAGAGCUGCAAUUUCCUGCGUUUUCCGUCUGAGCACUCCUGGAACCAAAACCCCAGCAGCAAGAGAUGUCUCCCCAGACUGAUAAACACUUAGUAGGUUGCUUUUUGCCAUUUGGAGCUGUCUGCUGGUAUCUGUGAGGGGGAAGGAAAUGAAGUGUAGGAGAAGACUGAAUAUUAAUAGCAGAUUGGGCUUCUGCCAAUCCUCAACAGGUGGGCUCUAGGGCUGAGGCAGGUCUCUGCAUAAACAGCCUUUCAGCCACUAAAAUAAAGUGGCCAUGCUUUCAAAGGGGUCUCACUGUGCUCUGUAAUUGAGUACAUUAACAUUCUCUGGUGUGCCCCAGCACUGGACAUUGCAAAUCUGAGGCCUAGCUUUGAAAAUGUAGUCCUGCAAGUUCCUAGAUAGGUGCCUGAGGAGCAAGAAGUCAGUUUGUGGCAGAACCGAUUUACAAUAUACAUAGUUUGUACCAGGGUUUCCGCUGCAAUCAUACCCCAGGGCUGUCCAUUACAUCCACCUUUCCAUGUGAAACACUGGAAAUAAGUCACCAUUAUUUUUAAGUAAACAUCUUUCCUAAGAGAAAUUACACCAGUGGAAUGAGAACUAGGCUGUAAUUUUCAUUCCAGUUGCAGGGCUCAGGAGACACUCUCCUCCUGCAUCCCACUCCACCCUGUGAGCUGGAAGCCGCAUGGGUUAGUGAUCGCACAUUGCAUUAGCAGCUGCAUUCCAAUCUAGCUCUGCUGUAUUUUUUCUUAAUGAGCUAGGGCCCGAUUUUCAAAGAGAGGCUUGCUUUGUGUGUGCAAAUACCUGCCCAACCAUUGGUGGGAUUGACAGACAUAGUCUGCAAGGAACUGAUCCUCACAUGGUGCUGGCUCUCUUUGUUUCCAGCUGAAAGAAAGAAGUCGGGCUUGAGGCCAUUAGCCUCUCUUCUCAGCCCCCUCUCUGUAGUGUGGUGAGAGUUAGUUAACAUUUGGCCAGUGCUUUGAACAUGGAGAGUGUGUUGUUCAUUCUGAGGGGUAGUAGGCAGGCUUUCCUGAGGAAUUUUAAUAAGGAAGGUCUUGCAGACUUGGAUGUUGCUGCCCUACUAUGGGACAGAGCGACACUGACCCAUCAAGAGUGUAUUAUCUGUACAAAUGGACCAGCUAAUCUACAGCUAGGGGUGGGGGCAGGGAAGACUGGUGGUGGAAUCACCUCCCAUCCAGAUUGGGAUGGAGGAUUAGAGCUCAAUUACGGAGAGCUCUGACACAGUUAAUACGCAGCUUGGUUUUGCAGGGCAGAUAGGACUACAUGAUUAUAACUUCCUGGACCAUGGAAAGGCCUUGUACAGAGCAGGGAUUGCUGAGAUAAUUAUGAUAUAGUCAUGUCCUGUUUACAUGCCACCUUGGGGUGGCAUUUUAUUUGGGCCUCCGAAUGAAGUGUGGAUUGUGAUGCAACAAGCCCUUAAUCCUAAAUCUUCUGUUUGAUGGGUCAAUUUGCCAUGCAGCAAACAGAUCUUUGAACCACCUUCCAAUCACUUUCUGAUUUCUGUACAAAAUGCUUCCAUAUUGGAAGGAAAAGCAGUUACCUUGGAUGGAAGUUAAAAAACCCGAAGAAGUUUUUUCCUUCACAAAGUAAGACAUUGCCAGUGUAGGACUCAGGCUGGUGCCUUUUCUCCCCAUAAUGUACCAGCACUGACCUCUCCUCAUUCUAGAACCAGCAUCACAGGCCAACCUGACCUUACCUCACACUGGAACCAGCAAGCCACUGACCUCCCUGCCUGCUUAUGCCACAAUUCUAACUCUGUUCAUCCUCUCUGAGAUCCCAUGAUCCUACAAAGCAGGGAAUUAUACCCCUGCUUCAUCUAUUCCAUUUCUAAUGGCUCUGAGUCCCUCUGUGCCUAGAAGAAGCAGCCAGGGCUUCACAUUUACUUGCAUUGUCCCUUCGGAACCUCCUUAUGCAGGAUGCAGAGGGGAAGUGAAUAUCCCCCAACCCCUUUGGUUAGAGCAAGUUUAUCGACUCUGAAGUACCUGAAAUUGACACAACCUCUGUGCUACCCUCUCCCCAUUGCUAUGUGGAGGAGUCUGAGAUUAGGCCACACCAGUACUCCCAACAAUUUGCUUCUGUUUUGAAGCACUUUAUUAUCCUCUCAUUUUUAUAACAACAAUCUGGCACAUGCACCAAUCCCUCCAUGUCCCUUUGUGUGCAGGGAAUCCCCCCACUGCUGCGAUUCCUUCCCUUCUGCUAUUGACUGUCUGUGCUGUAAGGCUCUGCCAAUCCAGUGGUCUCUGUGCCAUUUUAUGGCACAGCAGACUUCCAUGGCACAAUGUGUGUCAGGAUGGGUGUAACUGCUGAGGUUCCAGUCAGCUGCUGUGAAGUGGGGGGGAUCACCUCUGCUCCUGGGACUCCUUGGUUGAAGAUGGAAGAGCAGUUCUGGAAGCAUGGAUCCCUUUCUGGAAGGCCAUUCUUGGUCACUCACAGGGUCUGCAAGUUUGAAGGGCCUGCUUGCUGAAGGAGAUCUUGUUAUCUCAUUCAUAUUUGCAGAAGUUCUUCAAGAGUGGAGGCAGGUCCAGCCCAUCAAUGGCCAAUCGGUGGACAAUGUGCUUCUGGAUGACCAGUCGACAGAGGGUCUGCAAGGAAGGGACUGAAAGAGGAAGGAAAGGAAGAAGCUGAGCUUGCUGCGAUGAGGGCAUUUGAAUCACCCCAAGCUUAGGAGGCAGGUGGCACUGUCGCAGAAGAGAAGAGGACAGUGGCUCCUGGAAGGCAGUUAGUUCUGGGACAGCAGCAGAUUAAUCUGCUUCAAGGGCACCAUUAAAGAUCUGCCUGCUGAUUAUGUUGGGGGCAAGGAUCUCCUGCCGAAUACUGCUGCCCCUUGGGAGAGCUACUGAUAAGAAACACGAGAGUGAAGGAUGGAAGUACUUACUUUUCUAUCCUCCCAGUAAACGCUAGGAGAGCAGUUUAUGUGCCUGUGCUGGUGCGUUUUCAUGAUGGAUUUUGAAAAGGCCCUAUUAAUUCAUCUAAACUCUGCAUGAACUUCUGCUCCUCGGCCCUCCUCUCUCCCUCUCCCUGUCCCUGAGUUAGCAAACACGCAGGAUUGAAUGUUGGAUCCCUCAGAGGUCUGGCUGGGGUUUCCCAGAGAGACUGGUUUCACAACAGUGUUACAAUUAACUGGUUAGAGCUGGUUUAGUCAGUAAGUUCUCUGUUCCCUCACAGCAGUGCUCCUGCUGGGCCGCAGGCUCUGAUCCCACCGCCACCCCCACUCCCCGCAAGUCCCAUCAGAUUCCCUGUAAGGUUCUCAACACUCAAC